ACCCGAAAAGGACCCCCGCGAUAGACUAUAUCUAGACUGAGACACUUCAUCUUCGGACCACUUCUUCCACCAUUGCGGACCAUUGUCACGGUUUGAGAGCUGAUAAGGUCCUGAUGUGGGGUCUCUAGAAGGCCAUGAGCGGAGCGUUGGAGCAGACGGAGGGGACAGUGGUACGGAGAGAGAUGGCAGCUACGAAGGUGCGGCCCGAUAUGCAGAUCGGUAUGCAGGUGAUGGUGGAGAAGAGAGCUGAGGCGGAGAGCGUCCGGGAGCAGAGGCGGAGAUUGGCGAAUCACAUCGGCGGAAGGGCUGACGAUGACGGAGUUGGUGAGCGAAUGGUGGAGGAGGAGGAGGAGGAAGGGUGGACCCAUGUGCAGCGGAAAGGGAAAGCCCAAGUGGGAGUGGGGGGGGGCAGAAAACCCCCGAAGAAAGAGGAGGAGCAUCGCUGGCGGCAGGAAAUUGUCAGGAGAUACCGGGCCGGCCAGAGAAGGAGGCAGAACCUGAAGAGGAAGAAAAUGGAGGCCAGGGGACAAAAUAGAGGGUGAAGAUAACCCUCAACCCGGAGGGCUAUAAGGGAAACAAGACGCUGAGGCGUGGAGACUUUAUGGCUGAGGUUCUUUUGAAGACUCUCAAAGUUAAUCCGAGGGACUUGCAUUGCGUGGUGGCCUUUGAUAACAGGAAGGUCUGGAACGUGACUUUUGAAACUGGGAAAAGUUAUGCUGCAUUUUGGAAGGCCCAUGAGGAGGCUUUGAACAGAGGGGAGCUGGAGGGUUUGAUGUUUGACAUGGGGCGGACGGCACGAGAGAGAGUGCUGUACAUCAAGAUGUUUACAGACAUGGCGCAGAAGGAUGACGUGAAAAGAUGGUUGGAGCAGAGGGUGGAACAAGUGACUUUUGCGGAAAAAGAAUGUGAUCGCUGGGGGGUUUGGACCGGGGCAUGGAGGGCGAAAGUGGUGCUCCAUGAGGUGGUGGGGAGCCCCGGGGCGGUUAAGCACUUAGCCUCGGCAGUGCAAAUUGGGCCGUGUAGGGGAUACGUGGUCUAUCACGACCAGCCCAAGCUGUGCAAUCGGUGCGGGCAAGAGGGGCACCUGGCGGCGUUCUGCCGACUCACUGUGUGUUAUCGAUGCAGGGGCCUGGGGCACACAGCUCAAUUCUGUAAGGAGAGCCUUUUGUGUCAGGGUUGCGGGCAGGAGGGACACACACAGCAGACGUGCCCCUCGUCCUACGCAAAUCGAGUGCGGAUGGCGGGGAGUCGUGAGGAGCCCCGGGGGGAGGCGGAACAGAUGGCUAUUACACAAGAGGGAGGAGAGACGUGUAUGGAAGAAACGCAGGUGGAGGAAAGACCUGAGGAGGAGGAGAGUAACGAGGGGAUUGAAGAGGCAGCCAAGGGGCUGGUGGAGGACGAGCGUUUGGAAAUGCAGACGCAGAAGGGAGAGGAGGAAGAGGGGAGGGAGGCGGUAUUGCAACAUUUGAGGGGUAUGCUGGCGGAGUGGGAAAAGGCGCAGCAAAUGGAGGAGAUAGAGGCAAUCGAACAAGGGCGAGAAGGGAGCCUCAAGAAAAGGAAGAAAUCUGGAGGGGAGGAAAAGGGGAUGAAGAAGCUGGGGAUGCAAACUGAAGGUGGAAAGGAAAAAGGGAAAGGGAAGAAGAAAGAGAAGAGAGAGGGGGAAAGGGAAAGGAAGGAAAGUUUGGGAAUUUUGAACGCAAGAGUGGUGGAGAGGCUGUUGAAAACAUCUGGGAAAUGGAGGAAAGGGGUAGAGUCCUCAUCGGAGGCAUCGGAGACUGAGAGUGGGGAAGAGGUGUGAGGGGGAAUUUUAACGCUGCUGCUUACCAUGGAAGGGGCAUUUGUAUUUGUUCUGAUGUAUGUUAUGCUAUGUUAUGUUAAGUGUUGAUAUUUAAGAGAGAACUGAAACGGUUUUGUGGUUUGAAUCUGUAACAAAAGGGAGAAGCUUUUCUGUUUGGGUUUGUUUGUACGGGAAAGUUUUUGUUAUGUUAUGGCGUGAAUGUUGUUAUUUAGAGCUCUGAACCGGAAAAGAGAGAAAUUUUGGUGGUGGUGGUGAACGAAGGAUGAUUUUAAUGAAUAAAAAAAAAAAAAAAAAAAUUGUUAAAAUAAUGCCUUCUAAAAGAUUUCACGUGUGCAGUCAUUGACAGGUCACUAAAACUCAUUAAGUGGCCCUCCAGCCAAAAUAAUUGCCCACCUCUGGCAUAACAGCUUCUGCUUCCUGUUUGAUCCACUAUACAGCCGGACCCCGAGUUACGUGGGGGAUACGUUCCUGAAACACACCGUGUAAGUUGAAACCGUGUAACUGGAGGCAUCGUGUCAAUGGAAAACAGGGGGAUAGGGACCUGGAACCAAGAUUUGAUAACUUUGUUUUAUAAUAAAAGGAUAUUUAAACACAAAAUAA